AUGAAGCAAAUCCGGUUCAUCAUCUUCUACUGCUCAACGCUAUUAGUGGCCACUGUCGUCACGGCCCUGAUUCCUAAAAGUCGGCCGGGAUCGCUGCUGGGGCCGAUGGCCGAGACGAUCAUUCCGGGAGCUCCGAUGGACGAUUCAGAUCCUUUCCUGGCCAACACUUUUGACAGCGGGUCGGAUUAUCGCCCACUUGAUUUCGGUUACCUGCCCGGAACCACGCGCUACAUGGGCAACCGGAUCAAGGGCAGCGGCUACACGUCACUGCACGGCCUCAACUACGAAAGUGUCGGCUACCGCGAUGAUUACUACACCAACGAGGCCUACCCGCAGUUGGUGGGUCAGGGACAAGUUCGAGUCAACGGCCAGGACGCCGAACUCACCUGCCAGUUUCCUCCCACCUACGACAUCGUCUCGAAUAUCGUGUGGGAAAAAUUGGAGCGGAAUGGAGUGGACAGUUGGGCGCUGGAUCGGCAGGACCCAAGGUUUUCCAUCCGCCAACAAUCGGCAGUGGGUUCUCGGCUGGUCAUUGGAGAAUACGCGGCCCGCGAUGAAGGAGUCUACCGCUGCAUAGCCACCCGUCGUGACAACACCCACUUCCGCCAGACCAGGACCGUUUACCAGGAUAUUCCAUUCGUCCUUGUCAAAUAAUAAACAUCACACAAUUAAACAAUCGGCAAUAAAAAAAGAAGAUUUAUAUAACAAAAUAAAAUAAAACAAAAAAAAGAAAUUUAUUAAACUUACAAUUGAAAUGAUAAAUAUUAAAUAGCGGUGUCCUUGCGUGAAGUUCCUGAAUUUUUUAAAAAAUGUUUUUCUAUCUCGUUUUUCUAUUAUUUUCCACAAACAUGACAGUGGAUUGUGUUUGCAUGCACUCAUUAUAGGCAAUACACGGAUCAUACAUAUA